GCGAGUGCUGUGUAACACUGGCUUUAGGGGUUUCCCCGUCCAGAGGCAUGAUGUGGUGGAGCAGAGGGCUUUGGUUAUUCCUUGCUGCUGCAUUUCUGUUAAGGGAUACAGAUGGGCUUGGAGUGUGGAAUAAAAAACCUGUGCCACAUUGGUCCAGUGUAGCAGCAUGGGCUUCCAUGGCUCAGCCCCAAAAAGUCAGCAACCUUCCUCAUCAGACCAAGGUGGAGGGCUCCACUUCCAGUGCUGCAUCCAUGCAAAGUAGUUCCGCGUUCCCUCUGCAAGGUCCUGAACCCAGUCGGACUCGGACUGGACAACCAAGUUGUGUUUCCAGCAGUCAAAUGGAUUCUUCAGAGGCUCAAACUACAAGUGGCUCUGCUGGGUAUUACCAGUCUGUGUUCCAAGGUGGCCAACAGUUUCCUGGUGUUGUAUCCCAACCCCAGCUGCUGGAUUCCUCUGGUAAUGUUGAAGCCCGGUAUUGGGGGCAGAGCUCCGAGAGUGUCCUAAGCACCCCCCAGAUAUCCAGUAGCCUUUUUGAGCGUGAUGCUUUACAUGGGGGGUCUUCUGGCAGCUUGGACUCUGUAUCCAGUGCUCAAGGUUUCCCCAGUCAGUACACCAGUUCAUGGCUGUACACUGCCCAAUCUGCUCCUACCCAUCAACAUCAGGGAGGCUACUGGGCUCCAUCCUCAGGCCAGUCAAUGCAUCUUCCUUCAGAGGAGCCCCAACCUCAUGUUGCUUCCCCUCCUCAACCUGAAAGCUACCAACAGCUUCCCCAUCCUUCACAAACCAGGCCAGUAAGUAAGCCUGUGUCCCAAACCCAGACUGUAGGAGGUGCAUUGGUUUCAACCUCUCAGCAAGGUAGCAAUGAAGGUCAGUACCAGAGUUCCAGCUGGUCCGCUUCUGCACCAGUUAUGAAAUCGAGACUCCCUUUUAUACCUAGCCAAAGCACAAUUGUGAGUUCUGACACGACCUCCCCUAGCCAGCAGUCAGCCAGUGACUCUGCCCAAAAAGGCUGCACCAGCUCCUAUGGGGCCCUUCCUCCUUGGCUUGCAGGCACACGGCAGACAUCUACCCUCCAGUCUGCCCAGUCCCAGAUGCAGGGUUCCAGUGUGGGUUUGGGUGUUGCCUCUACCAGCCAGCAGUCUGCCAGUGAUGCUCCACUAAAAACUGAUGGACCUCUGUCAGGCACAGGGCAGACCCAAAUGCAGAUCAUGAGUUCUAGCUCAACCUCCAUCAACCAGCAGUCAGCCAGUGAUGCUGCACAAAAAGGCUGCACCAGCUCCAAUGGGGCCCUUCCUCCUUGGCUUGCAAGCACAUGGCAGACAUCUUCUGCCCAGUCCCAGAUGCAGCCUUCCAGUGGGGGUUCUGGUGUGAGCUCAACCAGCCAGCAGUCUGCCAGUGAUGCUCCACUAAAACCUGAUGGACCUCUGUCAGCCCAAGGUGCAGGGACAGGGCAGACCCAAAUGCAGAGCCCAAGUGCUGGCUUGACCUCUACCAGCCAGCAGUCUUCCGGUGAUGGUCCCCAAAUGAGCAGUGCUUAUUAUGGGUCUCUGGAUCCCCAGGGUGCAGGUACAUGGCAGCCUUCAGCACAGACUGCCCAGUCCCAGAUGCAGGGUUCCAGUGUGGGUUUGGGUGUUGCCUGUACCAGCCAGCAGUCUGCCAGUGAUGCUCCACUAAAACCUGAUGGACCUCUGUCAGCCCAAGGUGCAGGCACAGGGCAGACCCAAAUGCAGAGCCCAAGUUCUGGCUUGACCUCUACCAGCCAGCAGUCUUCCGGUGAUGGUCCCCAAACAAGCAGUGCUUAUUAUGGGUCUCUGGAUCCCCAGGGUGCAGUGAGAAGCGAGUGCUGUGUAACACUGGCUUUAGGGGUUUCCCCGUCCAGAGGCAUGAUGUGGUGGAGCAGAGGGCUUUGGUUAUUCCUUGCUGCUGCAUUUCUGUUAAGGGAUACAGAUGGGCUUGGAGUGUGGAAUAAAAAACCUGUGCCACAUUGGUCCAGUGUAGCAGCAUGGGCUUCCAUGGCUCAGCCCCAAAAAGUCAGCAACCUUCCUCAUCAGACCAAGGUGGAGGGCUCCACUUCCAGUGCUGCAUCCAUGCAAAGUAGUUCCGCGUUCCCUCUGCAAGGUCCUGAACCCAGUCGGACUCGGACUGGACAACCAAGUUGUGUUUCCAGCAGUCAAAUGGAUUCUUCAGAGGCUCAAACUACAAGUGGCUCUGCUGGGUAUUACCAGUCUGUGUUCCAAGGUGGCCAACAGUUUCCUGGUGUUGUAUCCCAACCCCAGCUGCUGGAUUCCUCUGGUAAUGUUGAAGCCCGGUAUUGGGGGCAGAGCUCCGAGAGUGUCCUAAGCACCCCCCAGAUAUCCAGUAGCCUUUUUGAGCGUGAUGCUUUACAUGGGGGGUCUUCUGGCAGCUUGGACUCUGUAUCCAGUGCUCAAGGUUUCCCCAGUCAGUACACCAGUUCAUGGCUGUACACUGCCCAAUCUGCUCCUACCCAUCAACAUCAGGGAGGCUACUGGGCUCCAUCCUCAGGCCAGUCAAUGCAUCUUCCUUCAGAGGAGCCCCAACCUCAUGUUGCUUCCCCUCCUCAACCUGAAAGCUACCAACAGCUUCCCCAUCCUUCACAAACCAGGCCAGUAAGUAAGCCUGUGUCCCAAACCCAGACUGUAGGAGGUGCAUUGGUUUCAACCUCUCAGCAAGGUAGCAAUGAAGGUCAGUACCAGAGUUCCAGCUGGUCCGCUUCUGCACCAGUUAUGAAAUCGAGACUCCCUUUUAUACCUAGCCAAAGCACAAUUGUGAGUUCUGACACGACCUCCCCUAGCCAGCAGUCAGCCAGUGACUCUGCCCAAAAAGGCUGCACCAGCUCCUAUGGGGCCCUUCCUCCUUGGCUUGCAGGCACACGGCAGACAUCUACCCUCCAGUCUGCCCAGUCCCAGAUGCAGGGUUCCAGUGUGGGUUUGGGUGUUGCCUCUACCAGCCAGCAGUCUGCCAGUGAUGCUCCACUAAAAACUGAUGGACCUCUGUCAGGCACAGGGCAGACCCAAAUGCAGAUCAUGAGUUCUAGCUCAACCUCCAUCAACCAGCAGUCAGCCAGUGAUGCUGCACAAAAAGGCUGCACCAGCUCCAAUGGGGCCCUUCCUCCUUGGCUUGCAAGCACAUGGCAGACAUCUUCUGCCCAGUCCCAGAUGCAGCCUUCCAGUGGGGGUUCUGGUGUGAGCUCAACCAGCCAGCAGUCUGCCAGUGAUGCUCCACUAAAACCUGAUGGACCUCUGUCAGCCCAAGGUGCAGGGACAGGGCAGACCCAAAUGCAGAGCCCAAGUGCUGGCUUGACCUCUACCAGCCAGCAGUCUUCCGGUGAUGUUCCCCAAAUGAGCAGUGCUUAUUAUGGGUCUCUGGAUCCCCAGGGUGCAGUGAGAAGCGAGUGCUGUGUAACACUGGCUUUAGGGGUUUCCCCGUCCAGAGGCAUGAUGUGGUGGAGCAGAGGGCUUUGGUUAUUCCUUGCUGCUGCAUUUCUGUUAAGGGAUACAGAUGGGCUUGGAGUGUGGAAUAAAAAACCUGUGCCACAUUGGUCCAGUGUAGCAGCAUGGGCUUCCAUGGCUCAGCCCCAAAAAGUCAGCAACCUUCCUCAUCAGACCAAGGUGGAGGGCUCCACUUCCAGUGCUGCAUCCAUGCAAAGUAGUUCCGCGUUCCCUCUGCAAGGUCCUGAACCCAGUCGGACUCGGACUGGACAACCAAGUUGUGUUUCCAGCAGUCAAAUGGAUUCUUCAGAGGCUCAAACUACAAGUGGCUCUGCUGGGUAUUACCAGUCUGUGUUCCAAGGUGGCCAACAGUUUCCUGGUGUUGUAUCCCAACCCCAGCUGCUGGAUUCCUCUGGUAAUGUUGAAGCCCGGUAUUGGGGGCAGAGCUCCGAGAGUGUCCUAAGCACCCCCCAGAUAUCCAGUAGCCUUUUUGAGCGUGAUGCUUUACAUGGGGGGUCUUCUGGCAGCUUGGACUCUGUAUCCAGUGCUCAAGGUUUCCCCAGUCAGUACACCAGUUCAUGGCUGUACACUGCCCAAUCUGCUCCUACCCAUCAACAUCAGGGAGGCUACUGGGCUCCAUCCUCAGGCCAGUCAAUGCAUCUUCCUUCAGAGGAGCCCCAACCUCAUGUUGCUUCCCCUCCUCAACCUGAAAGCUACCAACAGCUUCCCCAUCCUUCACAAACCAGGCCAGUAAGUAAGCCUGUGUCCCAAACCCAGACUGUAGGAGGUGCAUUGGUUUCAACCUCUCAGCAAGGUAGCAAUGAAGGUCAGUACCAGAGUUCCAGCUGGUCCGCUUCUGCACCAGUUAUGAAAUCGAGACUCCCUUUUAUACCUGGCCAAAGCACAAUUGUGAGUUCUGACACGACCUCCCCUAGCCAGCAGUCAGCCAGUGACUCUGCCCAAAAAGGCUGCACCAGCUCCUAUGGGGCCCUUCCUCCUUGGCUUGCAGGCACACGGCAGACAUCUACCCUCCAGUCUGCCCAGUCCCAGAUGCAGGGUUCCAGUGUGGGUUUGGGUGUUGCCUCUACCAGCCAGCAGUCUGCCAGUGAUGCUCCACUAAAAACUGAUGGACCUCUGUCAGGCACAGGGCAGACCCAAAUGCAGAUCAUGAGUUCUAGCUCAACCUCCAUCAACCAGCAGUCAGCCAGUGAUGCUGCACAAAAAGGCUGCACCAGCUCCAAUGGGGCCCUUCCUCCUUGGCUUGCAAGCACAUGGCAGACAUCUUCUGCCCAGUCCCAGAUGCAGCCUUCCAGUGGGGGUUCUGGUGUGAGCUCAACCAGCCAGCAGUCUGCCAGUGAUGCUCCACUAAAACCUGAUGGACCUCUGUCAGCCCAAGGUGCAGGGACAGGGCAGACCCAAAUGCAGAGCCCAAGUGCUGGCUUGACCUCUACCAGCCAGCAGUCUUCCAGUGAUGUUCCCCAAAUGAGCAGUGCUUAUUAUGGGUCUCUGGAUCCCCAGGGUGCAGGCACAACAACUAGUCGCCUGAGUGGACUAAGCAAGUUGUCAUCUGCCAAGCCACCAAGCCAGAGCCUCAAGAGUACAAAAACCAAGCCAGGAACAGUACACAGAUGA